AUGGAGGAAGAGCACGAGCUCAGCAGCAUCUCUACUGCUGUUCAUCCAGCUGCAAGUGCCCCAAGCACCGAUGUCGACGCGCAUGCGAAUAACAUGUCUGAAGACCAGCUUUCCGCAAGGCUCACCCGCCAUGAGGCCCUCCUGGACCGCCGGACAGUCCGCAAGCUCGAUCUCAUCCUUCUGCCGUUCCUAGCUCUGCUCUUCCUCUUCAACUCGCUGGAUCGUGCGAACAUCGGAAAUGCGGAGACCGCAAACUUUACAGCGGACAUCGGGCUGAAUAAACAUGAUCUGAACACCGCCGUCGCCGUCUUCUUCGCCUUCUUCGUCGCGCUGCAGCCUGUGGGUGCUGCAUUCGGCCGGAAGCAUGGCAUGGCAAGGUGGGUGCCCGGCUGCAUGACAGUAUGGGGCCUGUGUACAGCCUUACACAUCUGGGUGCGAGCGAGGUGGCAGCUAAUCCUGUUGCGAGCUAUUAUCGGGAUGCUUGAAGCCGGUUUCUACCCGGUGACGGUCUCGUACCUCUCACUCUUCUACACACGGUAUGAAUUCGGCAGACGGCUGGCCCUAUUCUACGGCCAGUAUGCAGUAGCCGGAGCUCUCGGUGGUGUGCUCUCCUUUGCCGUGUUUUCACGGUUCCCAAAGGGGGACGCGGAUCGCCCUGUAGAUGGCACUCACUGGAGACCUUGGCAGGUGCUCUUCCUGAUCGAAGGCUGUGCCACCAUCCUACUAGCCCUUAUUGGUUUCCUAUGGCUGCCACAUCGUGUCGAGACGGCGUGGUUCCUCAACCGAGAAGAGCAAGAGUGGGCGAAGGCAAGGGUGAGCCGGGAUAGGCAGGAGCCACGUCGGCCUAGCAAGGCAGACGACGCCGGCCCAGAAGAAGAAGAUGCACAUCCGUCGACCUCAGAAGAAGUGGAAGGCCUCAUGGGUCACAGUAGUUCCUCAUCCCGCGGUCCUCGACCCGCUCCCCUCCCGUCUUAUACCGCCGACACCGGCCUCUCCACAACAGACAUCCUCUCCGCCUUCCUCGACUGGAAAAUCCUCUACCUCCUCGCUGUCAACAUUCUCUCCGCCCUCCCCACCACCGCCUUUGCCAUCUUCCUCCCUCUCGUUCUACAACCCCUGGCUCCUUCCUCGCCAGCCCUGACCAACCUCCUGACUGUGCCUCCCUUCCUCUGCGGCGCCGCCGUGCUCUACGCAUUCACCCACUGGUCCGACAAAACUCACCAACGCAUUGUCCCUAUCCUUGCAGGCCUUGGCCUUACUAUUAUUGGUUUGCUCAGCACAGCACUACUCCCAACCACUGUACCGGCGCUGCGGUAUUUCGCGCUCUGCAUCUUGCUGUCCGGCAUGUUCAUAGCCUCACCGCUAACCGUUGUCUGGCUGACCAACAACAUUCCCAACCCUGGGAAGAGGGCGAUAGCGCUCGGUAUCAACGGCUGGGGCAACCUCGCUGGUGUCUUCUCGGCCCUGCUGUUCGCGCCGAAGUAUUCGCCUGGAUAUACGACACCACUUGCUGUCACCUGUCUUUGUGUUGCGGCGGCGUGGAUGGGGUAUGCAGCCUUUGGUGUACUGCUUGUGAGAGAGAACAGGAGGCGGAGACAAAGGGCUGUAGGCUCAAGGCAGGGACGACACUAUUCAAAGAUCAUGCUGAAACUCAGGGACUGGAUAAGGGAGAGCGGAGCUACUGGGACAAGGUUUGUAGAAGCAGUGGAGGAAGUCGUGCGGAGGGACGAGGAUGAGCAGUUUCUAUACGGGCUCUAA